UCCAUGAGACGACAGCCAGCUGAACAAUGAGAGCAGAGUAAAAGUUGCAGUAGAAAACGGUGAUAGCACAGCAAAAAGUUCCUGACACUACUGUACUUUGUCCAAAUGGUGAUUUCGUAAACGCUCUUUCCAACACAAACAAACUCUGGAACUCGCCAAAGAAGCCUCCCAAGUGUGCUUAUUUCGUCUCUGGCGAAUGACAACUUAGUCACAAUUCACCAUUUCACGAUGCGUGUAACAGCCUUAUUUCUGUGUCUAAUCGGUUUCGUUUCUUGUGAUCUGGACGAAAACCCCGGAAAUGUAUUGUCCAAGUCAGCCAAGACUCUCAUGGAGAUGCCCUUGUCCAAGACAAGUAGCACUCUUGAGGGCUUGGUCAAUCAAUACCAGGUAGAGACGCCCGAUCACGACGAUUUGGCCAUCUCCAGGCUUCAAAGCAAGGUCAAAACCGUGGUCAACAGCGUCUGGAAGAUCUUGAGAGAUCCUCAGAGACAAUCGGUUCUCCAAGGUCAAUCCGGAGGACAAGGCAAGGUCGUGCUAUCCAUGAUCUCUCAGGAGCUCAAGGGCGACAUCUUUGCGGUAGAUCAUGCCAACGAGGAUCAUUUGGUCAGUCAGACCUUGGUCAUGCUCCAGAGUCGAGAUCAAAAAGGUGACUUGGGAUCGGCAGGAAACCGCUUGGCCAAAAUCAUUGGUCGGGUCAACAGCUUCUACGGGUACUUGCAAAGAUAUAUGGACAGUCAGGAUGAUGUGUCCGGCAACACGUUGGAGGAUUUCGCCCGAAGCAUCAUUGAACCGGGUUCCAAACAGGAGCAUACCCUCCAAACGGCCUUGGUGGAACUACACAACUUGUCCAUGCCUCAUUUGGGCAUGAUCCAUCCUAAACAGGGCCUUCUGGGAUCCACUCAGAGGUCUGAUAUCUACUUUAAACUGUUUCUUCUCCUCAACAAUAAGCAGUUUGAUUCGGCCUGUUCUCUGGCCCAAUCCCCGCAUCAAUUGAUCUUCAAUCUUUACAACGUAAUCGCCUUGACGGAGGUGAAAGGUUUCUUGAUUAUGCAAUUCAGCUACAUUAUGCUGAAUUUAUACAAGAGAGGGGAUUUCACCCUAGAAUCGGAUCUGUCCUUCAAAUCAUUUCAAGACCAAUCCACGGAUAAACUCCUAGCUGUCAAAGGGAUCUUGCAAAAUAUGGAACGUGAUUAUUGGAAAUGCGAUCCCGCUAGCCACCAAGAAGGUCAAACAUUUGUCAGAAUGACUCAGCUACUUCAAGGCAUUAUUGAAAAUGAAGUCGACUUGAACCCUAGUAAAUCAUGCAAGCAAGAGUGCUCAGACUACACAAUCGCCGAGGUCCACGGUUGCCUCAAGGAUCGGAUUUGUACCAAGCACCGUCGUUGUGAGGGCGGUAGGCUCUUUGAGUGCGAUUUCUUCAAUGCCGAUGCUUGGGUCUGCAUCAGUCAAAACGAGGAGCGUCGUUACGAGUAUGUCCAUUAUGAAAAUGGAAUCGUCCUAGGCAAGGGUAGCAAGGAAUCCUUUUGUCCAAAGCAAGUGAAAGUAGAUUCUUGGUGGCGUUGGUUUUACCAUUGCUCCAUGUGCAUGUGCAAAUGCGAUGCUCCCGGACCUCAUUCUGAUCGAUUUUGGUCGCUGAAGCCUUUAACCUCUGAUUCAAAUGCCAAUAAAGUGGUCACUGGCGUUCGUUUCGUGAAGAAAAACAGAGUCAUCCAAUUGGAAAUCGAACAAGGAACAGCGCUCCCUGAAGGCUCUGUUCUGGAGAGCUCCCGAGAAUGGAUUACUCCACCUACCGUUGACUUCGACACGGAAAUUCCGAACAAGGACUACCUCAUGAUGACCUACGAGACUCGAGCUUUGGACACGGAUCUUUUGGAAGCUCCCCCUGGACACGUCAUCACUGGCGUGAGACUAAGAAACCUCGGGGCCCAUGUCAACCUUGAAGUUCAGAUCACUCCAAUCCGGUUUUCCACGGGAAAACUUGUGACGGAUCGAUCCACUUGGAUUGGCAACGAUAACACUCCCGCCUCGGCAAGACCUCGAACCCAAUACGAUAUCUACAUGCCCGACAUCCCUACAUUGGCCCACAAAUCCCAGAUAAUGGCUAGCCACAACAACUACAUCGAAUUCGACGCUACAUCGGCCCAUAAAGACGUGAUGCAAACCACCAUUCCUUAUGUUGAUGCCCAAGAGGUCCGCCCCAAGCCUGGAACUUGGCUAAAUGGAGUGGGAUUGUACUACAAGGGUCAACUUGGAUAUGGAGGGUUUGUGGGGGCCAAGGUGCAAACUUACGACUACACUCGACACUUGAUCCCUGAAUCAUAAGAUGUGACAUGUAUGGCAAUAAAUCGAUUCCGUUCCUACCUGAA